AUCUUUUUCUCAAGGUUUGUAAUACCAUAUAAUAGCCACAAGAGGGAGUGCUGGAACAAUAAGAAACAUACAGCUGAACCACAUUGUACAUUAUGCUGCGGUGACAUCAUUUCCUAUUGAAUUAGAUCAGAAAAAAAGAUGGAAUGACGGAAAUGCUUUCUGCAGAAAGACUGCUGCCUAAAUGCUUGGAAAAUAAAUGAUUUGUCAUGUGAUGGUGUGUCUCUCGAAGUACCAAGAACGAAGAAGAAAACAGAGGGAGCACCUCCAAGAAUUCACAGCAAGGCAUCAGGAGGAGCUGGCAGCAAAGAAUGCCAGAAUAACCGCUCUGGAAGAAGAAAAUAAAACACUUGCCAGCAAAUUAGCAGAUAUUGUGAAGGAAAACAACGCGAUUAAAAAGAAGCUCCAACAAGCUGAAGAGAGGCUUGCCCAGCUGACUCCUGAUACUGCAAGCUUAAUAGAGCGGCUGAGGAAACGGGAGACGGAGGCAAUGGAGGAGGAAGAAGGGAUGAGCUCCCAGUUUUCUUUUUUGGGAGAAUUCGAUUAAGAAUCCAACAAAACGAUCAAAAUACCUCCCUACCAACAAAACGAUCAAAAUACCUCCCAACCAACAGUCAACAUCCAGAUGAACAAGAUUAACAUCAUACCAACAAUCAAGGAGUAAACAAUGUUCCAGUCAAGGAACUGCCAAAGAAGCUAACAGUAAACAGCCCAGUCAAAAAAGGUCACACAAACCAACUACAAAGAAUGGCACAACAAAGUAGCCACACGGAUGCAUUGCAAGAUCCACAAGAAAUACCAUUGGCCUGCAAGCAAGAACUGGUGGGACCAUAAAAUAUAGAAAAUGAAGAAGCUGAGAUUUCCAGUUUGGUCUGAGGAUGGAACGGAUGGAAGCUCCAGCUUCUCAGUCCAGUUUCACUUCACCCAGCGUCCCUUAAAGGGGCCGAAAGUUGCCCCGGAGGGGCAAUGAAGAAAGAGGGACACUUCAGGAGCUUGGAUCUGGUGGCAACCGAUCUGAGCGAACUGGAGAACCCCUCUAAA